CCCCCUCUUCUCAGUGAUGUUGACACUCAGAGAGUAGGGUCUUCAGGAUUCAGCUCUGUGUCUAUGAAGAGUAACAACUCCAUGAUUCAGCCCCCUCUUCUCAGUGAUGUUGACGCUCAGAGAGUAGGGUCUUCAGGAUUCAGCUGCGUGUCUAUGAAGAGUAACAACUCCAUGAAUCAGCCCCCUCUUCUCAGUGAUGUUGACACUCAGAGAGUAGGGUCUUCAGGAUUCAGCUGUGUGUCAAUGAAGAGUAACAACUCCAUGAUUCAGCCCCCUCUUCUCAGUGAUGUUGACACUCAGAGAGUAGGGUCUUCAGGAUUCAGCUGUGUGUCUAUGAAGAGUAACAACUCCAUGAUUCAGUCCCCUGAUAAUCUCAGUGAUGUUGACGCUCAGAGAGCAGGGUCUCCAGGAUUCAGCUGUGUGUCUAUGAAGAGUAACAACUCCAUGAUUCAGCCCCCUCUUCUCAGUGAUGUUGACGCUCAGAGAGCAGGAUCUCCAGGAUUCAGCUGUGUGUCUAUGAAGAGUAACAACUCUAUGAUUCAGCCCUCUCUUCUCAGUGAUGUUGACGCUCAGAGAGCAGGAUCUCCAGGAUUCAGCUGUGUGUCUAUGAAGAGUAACAACUCUAUGAUUCAGCCCCCUCUUCUCAGUGAUGGAGCUGCUGUGACCUCUGACUCUCUUCUCAUCAGCAGGAAGAGAAAGAGAGAAGAGUCUCCAGCAUCCAACAGUGUGUCCAUGAAAAACAACCCACACAUGUUCAGUAAUAGUGCUGUGCACUUGCACCCUGUUAAUGAUUGGAGAGCUGACCAGAUCAGACAUGUGUCCUCACAGACCGGCACAUCCUCCUGCAAUCAGAACCACUUCAGUCAUCAUGACACAGAAACAGACGUGCUGCUCCAUCCUCACCAGCCACUUCUUAAUGAUCUGCAGAGAGUCAAAGACCAGCACAAAACCAGCAUGAAGAACAAGUAUGAGAGAUUAUUUGAGGGGUUCAAUCUACAAGAGAAUCAGACCCUCCUGAACAGGAUUUACACACAGCUGUACAUCAUAGAGGGAGAGAGUGAAGGAGUGAAUGAAGAACAUGAAGUGCUACAGAUGGAGAAAAGUUACAGGACACAUCAAGACACUCCAAUCAACUGCAAUGACAUCUUUAAUCCUUUACCUGAACCAGGAUAUGAGGAGAAGAGAAGAGAGAAGAAAGACACAAUAAAGACUGUUCUUACUAAAGGCAUGGCUGGAAUUGGAAAAACCGUUUCUGUGCAGAAGUUCAUUCUGGACUGGGCCGAGGGAAAAGACAAUCAGGAUGUAGAUUUCAUGUUUGUGCUUACAUUUAGAGAGCUGAACUUGAUUAAAGAUCAUCAGUACAGUCUUCACAGACUUCUGCUUGACUUUCAUCCUGAACUUCAAGAUCUGGACUCAAAGAUUUAUGAUGAAUGUAAAGUUGUGUUCAUCUUUGAUGGUCUGGAUGAAAGCAGAAUUACACUGAUGUUUUCAGACAGUCAGAAAUUUUCUGAUGUGACUGAGAUUUCAUCAGUGGGUCUGUUGAUGUCAAACCUCCUGAGAGGAGAUCUGCUUCCCUUUGCUCUCAUCUGGAUCACCACCAGACCAGCAGCAGCCAAUCAGAUCCCCUCCAACUACAUCAACCGUGUGACAGAGAUUCAGGGAUUCAAUGACCCUCAGAAGAAGGAAUAUUUCAGGAAGAGAAUCAGUGAUGAGCAUCAAGCCAGCAGAAUCAUCUCACACAUCAGAAGAGCAAGAAGCCUCCACAUCAUGUGUCACAUACCCGUCUUCUGCUGGAUCUCAUCCACUGUGCUUCAAAACAUCCUGAAACAAGAUCUCAGUGCAGAAAUCCCUCAAACUCUGACUGAAAUGUACAUCUACUUCCUGCUCAUUCAAACAAAGAUGAGGAACCAGAAGUAUGAAGAGAGAGAUCCAGAGAAACUCCUGCAGUCCAACAGAGAAGUGAUUGUGAAACUUGCUGAACUGGCUUUCAAUCAGCUGAUGAAGGGCAAUGUGAUGUUUUAUGAGGAGGACCUGAGAGAGAGCGGUAUAGACGUCACUGACGCCUCAGUGUAUUCUGGGAUCUGCACUGAGAUCUUUAGAGAGGAAUCUGUGAUUUAUCAGAGGAAGGUUUAUAGUUUUGUACAUUUGAGCUUUCAGGAGUUUUUCGCUGCACUGUAUGUGUUUUACUGCUAUUUACACAAAAACAGUGAGGUUCUGAAAAUUUUCCUGACAGGAAAGUCCAGAACUCAGUGUGAGAAUAUUACUCUGGAUGUGUUUCUGAAGGAAGCAGUGAAUAAAGCCUUGAGCAGUAAAAAUGGACACCUGGAUCUUUUCCUUCGGUUUCUUCAUGGCGUCUCACUGGAGUCCAAUCAAAGACUCUUACAGGAUGUACUGAUACACACAGAGAACAACCCAGAGAGCAUCAAGAAAAUAAUCCAAAACCUCAAACGAGGUCAAAAAAACAACGUCAGUCCUGAACGAUGGAUGAAUCUGUCACACUGCUUGAUUGAGAUGAAGGAUAACUCUCUUGUUGAAAAAGUGCAGGUGCUUUUAAAGUCUAAAGCAAAAAGUAAAAGUCUUUCUCUUGCACAAUGCUCAACUUUGGCAAACAUGAUCCUGAUGUCAGAGGAGGUGCUGGAUGAGUUAGACCUUAAAAAGUACACCAUCAAAUCAAAAGAGGGUCGAUGGAGACUGGUACCUGCUGUGGGGAACUGCAGAAAAGCUCUACUGGCAGGCUGUCAUCUUUCUGAUCAGCACUGUGAAAUCAUAGCUUCAGCUCUACAGUCAUCAAACUCUUCUCUGAGAGAGCUGGACCUGAGUAACAAUGACCUUCAAGAUUCAGGAUUGAAGCAGCUCUGUGCUGGACUGAAGAGCCCAAACUGUCAACUCAACAUACUGAGAUUAUCUGGCUGUAUGGUAACAGCAGAAGGUUGUGCUGCUCUGGCGUCAGCUCUGAGUUCAAACCCCUCACACCUGAGAGAGCUGGACCUGAGCUACAAUCACCCAGGAGAUUCAGGAGCGAAGCUGCUCUCUGAUACACUCAAACAUCUGGAAAAACUCAGUGUGGAUCAUGGAGGAGAGAUCAGGAUCACAGCAGGACCUCAGAAAUACGCCUGUGAUCUCACACUGGAUCCAAACACAGCAUUCAGAAACCUCGUUCUGUCUGAGGAGAACAGAAAGGUGACGCGUGUCUCUAAGGAUCAGUCAUAUCCUGAUCAUUCGGACAGAUUUGUUUAUUGGGAUCAGAUUCUGUGUUCAGAGAGUCUGACUGGACGCUGUUACUGGGAGACUGAAUGGAGCGGAGAAGGAGUUUAUAUAUCAGUGUGUUAUAAAGAAAUCAAGAGGAAAGGAGGGAGUCUUAACUGUGUGUUUGGAUAUAAUGAGAUCUCCUGGAGUCUUGACUGCUCUGGUCACAGAUUCAUUGCUCGUCACAAUAAUAAAGACACUUAUAUCUCUGCUGAUCCAGACUCCUGUAAGAGAGUCGCAGUGUUUCUGGACGAGUCGAGCGGCUCUCUGUCCUUCUACAGCGUCUCUGACACACACACACUCACACGCUUACACACAUUCACACACACAUUCACUCAACCUCUACUCGCUGGAUUUCACCUUUAUACAAACUCUUCAGUGUCUCUGUGUCACAUCAAACACUAAACACACACACUCACUCACACACACACACACACACACACACACAC